GGUCACGUGGUCCCGUCAUGACCGGCGCGCUGCAUGCCGGGCCGGCAAGAUGGCAGCGUGGUUCUAGAUCUCUCCCCGCCGGCUCGAGCGACAUCAUGAAGACGUUCUGCAGCAGAGCGAAUCCCACCACUGGGGCCACCGAGUGGGAGGAGGAAGACGAGGACUAUGACUACCAUCAGGAGAUAGCACGGUCAUCUUAUGCAGAUAUGCUACAUGACAAAGACAGGAAUGAGAAGUACUACAGUGGAAUUCGGGCAGCAGUCCGCAGGGUGAAGGAACGAGGUCAGAGGGCGAUUGUCCUGGAUAUUGGAACUGGGACAGGGCUGUUAUCCAUGAUGGCAGCAAGAGCUGGCGCCGAUUUAUGUUUUGCAGUUGAGGUUUUUAAGCCAAUGGCUGAUGUUGCUGUAAAGAUUGUGGAUAGAAAUGGAUACAGUGGAAAAAUUAAAGUCAUCAACAAACAUUCAACUGAGGUAACAGUGGGGCCAGAUGGUGACAUGUCAUGCCGAGCUAACAUCCUGGUCACGGAGCUGUUUGAUACGGAGCUUAUUGGCGAGGGGGCACUGCCAAGUUACGAGCAUGCUCACAAAUACCUUGUCCAGGAUGAAUGUGAAGCUGUUCCACACAGAGCCACCGUUUAUGCACAGCUGGUGGAAUCAGAGCGGAUGUGGGCCUGGAACAAAUUGCUGCCAAUUCACAUCGGAAUGGAGGACAGAAAUGAUAAGGUUAUUUUACCAACAAAGGACAUGGACAUGUGUGCAGGGUGCCCAUGCGUCUAUGACAUUCAGCUCAAUCAAGUGAACCAAAACCACUUCACCACCCUUACAGAGGUUACAGAGAUCUUCAGUGUGGAUUUCAGUAAAGCAGUGAGUAGUUCUCCAGCCCAGCACACUUUGCAGGUCCAAGCAACUGGCAGUGGGCAAGCCCAUGUUGUACUGUCCUGGUGGGACAUGGAAAUGGACCCUGAAGGAACCAUCAGAUGUACUAUGGCACCAUACUGGGCACAUCCGACUCCAAAUAGUAUUCAGUGGCGAGAUCAUUGGAUGCAGUGUGUGUACUUCCUACCCCAGGAGAUACCCGUUCAAGAAGGGGAAUGUCUGCGUAUUUCAGCCAUGCACGAUGAUUACUCUUUGUGGUAUAAACUGCAGCGUCGCAGCGUUGAGCGUGAAGCUGAAGUGCUGAGCGAACGGCCACUGUGCUCCUGUCAGGCCCAUCUCAUGUGUAAUAGGCAGCGAUUUGGAGAGCUAAAUGACCAACAAAGGAACAACACCUACAUCAAGGCCCUGAAAACAAUUCUGAAACCAGACGCCGUGUGCAUGACUAUCGGCGAUGGAAGCCUGCUCUCUAUCUUCGCUCAUUUGCUGGGUGCUGCACAGGUUUAUAGUCUAGAGAUUUCUGCCAUGUCAAGACGCGUAAUGGGGAAGAUUUUAGCUGAUAAUGGAUUGACUGGAAAGGUGAUAGUUUCUGACAAAAGUCCGGAGCAGCUAACACCUGUGGACCUAGAUAACAACCAGAUAUCAGUUCUGAUUGGGGAGCCAUUCUUCACCACCAGCCUUUUACCUUGGCACAACCUUUAUUUCUGGUACGCACGGACCUAUCUGGCUAAGCACCUGGGUAAUCAAUUCACUGUGCUGCCGCAGUCUGCCACACUGUUUGCGAUGGCCGUUGAGUUUGAGGACCUCUGGCACAUCCGUGCACCCUGCAGGGAAUGUGAAGGCUUUGAUGUCAACCUUAUGGAUGAGAUGGUACAGAAUUCCUUGAAUUUCCGGGAGAGUCAGGAGGCCGAGCCUCAUCCUCUUUGGGAAUAUCCCUGCAGAGCACUCAGUGACCCAUGCCAGGUCCUCGUCUUUGAUUUUUACCGUGAGGUACCAGUGCAGUCAAUCUGCUCGGCCGGCUCGAUGCAGCUCUUGAGAUCUGGCACUUGUCAUGGAGUAGUGCUUUGGAUGGACUAUUGCUUAACCAAAGACAUCAUUGUCUCCACGGGGUUAACCAGGUUUCAUUCUGAUAUGGGUGACUGUGAGUGGAAUCCACACAACAAGCAGGGUGUUUACUUCCUCCGCUCGGAGGCCAGUCAGGAGAAUUUGACAAACAAACAGAGUUCCAUUGCCUACAGCGUGACUUUCCACCCAAGAAACGGUGAACUAGCCAUGGAUUUCCAGCUGUGCCUGUAAUCAGCAGGAGUGUGUGAAGGACAAGUAUCCUUGUGAGGUCAGUAACCGGAAAACUGGCUGUCCUGCAGAGCAACAGCCACUGAAUCUGGGCCCGGAUAUUGUUCUUGUGAAUGCGCAGAUCCACACCAACUGGGAGAUGAAGAACUGAGUCCACCUAUAUGAAUUCGAAGGAAGAACAAGCAGAUAUGUUUUAUUGAGACAUUGUUGGUACACUAAAGUGCUUUCUGUGUAGACAGUUACUGGGAAAAGAGGAUGGGCCCAGUACAUAUCCUACCUGUCCCAGCUUUGACUCUCUCAUCUCUGAGUGCCAAAGGUGUGAAAUCGAACCAAACCAGGGCUGGAGCAGGCAAUCUGGGAUGUUGUGGGUGGUUGUUUGGAGACAGUGAUGCAUUUUUGUACCUAUCGUCUGGGGGAUGAGAUGUUAAAACGAGACACCAUUUGCCUGCUUGUGGAUGUUUAACAAUCUCUUGGUAUUGAAAGGAUAUGGUCAGCUUGACUAGUUCCUUCAAUCACAUUCAUCCCUCAACAAAUACUCCCAAAACAAUUAGAAAAUUAUUUGUAUAAUCAAUUUAUGGUAUCAUAUGUGCAUGUAGGCUGCUGUCGAAAUGGCAACAACUCAAAGCUAACUUGUUACCAUGAAAGAACAUGUAUAAAUUUCUUCUUCUUUGACACAAAUUCCGGCUUUCACGACUUAUCUCUGUGCUUUUAACUACUUAACCUUCAGUCUUCAUUGUGUAAAGUCAGUGUUUUACCUUGCUCCUAACUUGUGGUUUCAAAUAUUACAAGAUUUACUUUACUUCUAAAGGAGACUAAUGGAUUUUUCAAACUUCCCUUUGUUAAUAUCAUUUUAUAAAUCUCCAUCCCUGUUUUACCAAUUCAUAUUCAUACAUGUAUGUAAGCUGGAGAUCAGUUGUGGUAUCCCAUAAUACACUUGUACAGAGCUGCAGUCACUCCACAUAACUUGACCUGUAAUACACAGAUGUAACUCAAUUUCA